AUGGUGGAGGCAACCGGCGACAAGAAUGGCGAAACGAUCCUGCUGCUGAUCGCGGUGUUGCUGCCGUUGGCAGCCUACGGCAAACCGGCCACAUCGAGCCUGGACCCGACCGACCUGGCCGAGGUGGACCUGGCGGAGGACGUGUCGCGCAUCAAACGGUCCGGGUUUGGGUCCGGUAGCGGUUCGUUCGAUUUGCUGUCCGGUCUGAAGAAGACGCUCCUGUCGGGGAUCGGAUCCGCUUCGGCUUCGCUGGUGGCGGGCAGCAGUAGCUCAUCGCUGAGUUCGGGUUCGGGACACGGAAGUAGCGGCGGUAGCUCCAGCUACGGUUCAUCUGGACAUUCGUACGACAAGCCGCACGAGGACACACACUUCGACGGUUGGUCGCUGAAAAAGUCGAUCCUGAACACACUGUUCCAGGCGGUCAAAGCCAUCACCGGCGGCGUGACGGCGAUCAAGGGCCAGCUGAUCAAGGGCUCCGGCUAUCUGGUGAGCGGCGCGGGUAAGCUGAUCGCCUCCGGCGGCGACGCCGUCACCGGUGUCGGCAAAAAGAUCGCCCUCUCCGCCCAUCUCAUCCCACCGAAGCACGCGUCCCACCCGUUCGCCAAGCUGAGCGGCAUCCUGUCGUCCUCGUCGUCUGGCCUUUCCGGUCUGUCCGGCUCGUCGUCCUCGUCGUCCUCGUCAUCCGGUCACCACCACGGUGACUCGUCCGGUGAAAGCUUCACCAGCUACGAGGGACCAACCAGCUACGGACACGACUCCUCCCACAGCGCUCUGAGCGGUCCGUCCGGUCCGUCCUACAUACCACCGUCGAAGAGCUCCCACAAGGCGCCCUCGCACAACUCGUACGGUGCGGACCUGGAUGACCACCAUCACCACGGUGGCAGCUAUGUGUCCGCCGGCAAGUACGGUCACUCGUCCGACGUAACGUCACAUCAUCAUCAGGAGGAACACCAUCACGAUCACUUCCCGACCGCGUACGGUAAGGGCCAGUCGAACGUGGUCGAAGCGUCGGACGUACUGCGACAGAUACUGAACCAGAAGAUACCGCACCAUGCGGACGGGUUCCCGAAGAAGGUCAUUGCCCAAUACGAGAUCCCGUCCGACUCGAACCCACCGCCGUUCAAACCGAUCAAGGGUGGCUAUCUGCCACCGGCGAUCUACGGCGUGCCGGCCGGUCCAAUCGACUCGGUCACGCAUUCGCACUCGAUCACCACCUCGUUCGGGGCGGGCGGCUACCCGAAGCUGCUCUCGGCGACACACGUCGAGAGCGACCCGGGACUGCCCAGCUCGUACGACAUCUACCGCUCGAUGUCGCUCAAGCACGGUCCUGGUGGUGACAAGCAUCACGACACGCUGCUCAACCCACGCUCGCGCGAGAUCGGCCACAGUGCGGGCGGUGUGUCGUACGAGCUGUUGCCACCCAAGUCCACGUCCGGGGAGCUGGUGCACGAGCAGCAGUUGCGCGACCUCACCAAACAUCUCGGCAAUGGGAUCGAGGUGCAGAAGUCGCUUGCGUACGAGAUCGCAGACCCAUCCGCGACGCACCAGCACCACAAGCGACGCUCCGAUGAAACGACGGACACGACAACCGACCAGGACGAUGCCAAGCCGCAGAGUACCAACACGUAG